CUCGAAGGUCCGAUAGAUGUCCUGUCAAAAGCAGUAUCAAGUCAUCGCAAAGCUUUGACAUUUAGAAUUGUUUGUCAAGGAAAAUCUUGUGUAAAUUUGUAUUUAAAAUAUAAUGGCGGAUGUUUUAACGGAAACCGUGCAACCGGAAGACCUUAAGAGAUUCGAGAAGAUUUAUCACGAACAAUUGUACAGAAACGAUGUUACGCCUAAAGCACAGUUUGAAUACGGUUGGUGUUUGGUACGAAGUAAAUAUUCGGCUGAUAUAAAAAAAGGAAUAAUUUUGUUGGAGGAAUUGUAUAGGACACAUGAAGAAGGACAGCGGGACUAUUUGUAUUACUUAGCCAUUGGCAAUGCAAGGCUAAAAGAGUAUUCAAAGGCUCUAAGUUAUGUCAGGUCUUUUCUAUCUAUAGAACCAGGUAAUCAGCAAGUGAUAAAUUUGCACCAAACCAUCAAGAAAAAAAUGGAAAAAGAGGGUUUAGUUGGAAUGGCAAUGGCGGGAGGAGUGGUGUUAGCAGUGGGAGCAAUCGUUGGCUUUGGAAUGGCAAUUGCUAGCAAAGUUAAAUCAUAGUCUUAUAAACAUAAAAAACUGUAUUUAUAUUCUUUUAUUAAAUGGCAUUUACUGUCUAUGGUAAUUUUUAUUGGUUAACUUACUACAAUUAGUCGAUGUUGUUUUAAAAAAAUUAUGUAUUGUUAAAUGUUGACUGCUCUUUAUUAAAAGGAUUUGUUAGAAAUGUUUUAGUUGUUAGUUUAACAUAGGUCUAAAAUUAUUUUAGUCAUAAAAGGCUGUAUACUACUAAUUAUUACUUAUUCUUGUUUUUAUAACAAAAACAUAUCCAUUAUUUUUACACAUAAGUAGAUACCUAGUUAUAGAGUGAAAACAUAAUUCUGUCAAUAUUUAUUAAUGUCUAUUUUGUACAUAUUAUAUUUCAACAGUUUUUCAAUGAAUAAAUAAA